AGUUUAAAAGUAAAUGCAGACAUGUUAAACAUUCCCACUUAAUUAUCUUUUGAUUUAAGUGGUUUGAAACAGCAUUUUUGGAUGACAAUUAUACUUAAUGAUGAAUUAAAUGAAUCAUAUUGUUGCUAAAACCAAUCGCAGUUAUAAGAUAUAUAUAUUAUAUGUGUGUGUUUGAGCCUAUUUCAUGUAUUUGAAAAAUAGUGUUAUUGAAUUUUUGAAAAAUUGGGAAGUUGUUCAAGUGGAGUUGGACCAAUAAACAUUUUUACAUGUAUAUCUUCUUAGUGUAAAAAUGUAACACAGAUAAAUUUUAAAUGGAUAAUUCAUUUAUAUACAGAAUUCUAGAGUGCUAAGAGAGUGUACUUUGUGAUCAUCAUGUUUUUAACCUUGUGAUUAUUCAGAUUACGCUAAAAACAGCAUUCUGUUUUAACAUCUUGGAAAUUAAAUAACUUCAGAAUUUAUAGACACUUUAUGGAUGGUAGAAUUGUGUUGCUGGAAAUUCCAUACAAGAUGUACUCGACCAAUUUAUGUUAUCAGACAACUGGUUACCAUUUUAACAUUGCCGAUUAUACUGAUUGUAUUUUACAGUUCAGAGAAAAUGUGAAGGACGUACUGCAACCUGAGCAUGAUGACCACUACCUCUUACGAUGGCUUAGAGCCAGAAAUUUUGACCUCAAGAAAUCAGAAGAUAUGCUCAGAAAGCACUUGGUAUGGAGGAAAGAAGAAGAUAUAGACAAUAUAUUGAGACAAAAAGUUCCUGAAGUUAUCCAGAAUUAUUACCCAGGUGGCCAUUGUGGAUUUGACAAAGAUGGAAGCCCAGUUUGGAUAGACCCCAUAGGAAAUAUAGAUCCAAAAGGAUUAUUGAGGUCAGCUAAGAAAAAAGAUGUCAUCUAUAAAGAAAUUAAAAAUGCAGAAUACGUGCAGGAACUUAUGAAACUUCAGACUAAAAAGCUUGGGAAGAGAGUUGACCAGAUAAUCAUAAUAUAUGACUUGGAAAAUUUUGGCAUGAAACAUCUAUGGAAACCUGGAAUGGACACAGUGGUUAAAUUUCUAGAAAUGUUUGAAGAUAAUUACCCAGAAGCACUGAAGAUUGCAUUUAUUAUAAAUGCGCCAAGAUUUUUUCCUGUUGUUUAUAAAUUGAUACGACCAAUCCUCUCAGAGGAUACUGUUAACAAGAUAAGAAUAUUUGGUACUAAUUACAAAAGUGAGUUAUUAAAGUGUAUAGAUGCUGACCAGUUACCUGUUUACUGGGGUGGAUCAUUGAUCGAUAAAGAUGGAGAUCCUAAAUGUCCUUCUAAGAUAAUUCUCGGAGGAGAGAUACCUAAGGAAUAUUAUUUAAAGAUAGCCUCAGAAGAAAUGGAGAACUUUACUACAGUCAAUGUUAAACGAGGGUCUUCACUCCAGGUGGAUGUUGAUGUUAAAGCGGCAGGAAGUUGUAUUAGAUGGCAGUUUACAACAGAAGGGUAUGAUUUAGGAUUUGGUGUGUAUAAGAAAACAAAGGAUGAGAAACAGCAUGCUGGAAAGAUGAUACCUGUAGUUCAUUCAGAGAGAGUUGACAGCCAUCUUGUUCCAGAAGAUGGUAGUGUUGCUGUUAAAGAAGCUGGUGCUUACGUGGUACGUUUUGACAAUACAUACAGUUACAUCAGAAGUAAAACGAUCAGUUAUCUAAUAGAGGUCCUAGAACCAGAGGUCGAGGAAGUCAAUGCACACACCUACGAUAAAACCAAUGACAAGGGAGAUAAAUCAGAAUUAUGUAUCGACAGUACCUUAGAUGUAGAUGAUGGUGACUCUGAGACGAAGGAGGCAGAUGGGCAAUCCACUAAUAUGUGAAAGAUUCCCAAGUGGAAAAAUUGAAGAAAAUUAUUAGGAUAUUAUAUGAUGUUUCGCCAUUCAAAAUAAAUUAUCUGUUUAACAGCUUACAUGAUGCCCUAAAAGUCCGAUAAGACAUUGCUUGUACUUUUAUUUAAAUUUUUUAUAUUUUUAAACAAAAACUUUAAUCUAACCAAGUACUAAUGAUUUGACAUUUGUAAUAUGUAGCAAUAAUAAACAAGAUGACUUCAUUUAUAUUUAUUCAGUAACAAUUAUUGUCAGCUUAGAUUAACUUGUCUUACACCAUGCAAAGAAAAAGUAUCAAAACAUAGAAUAACAUUAUGUUAUUCUUUCUUGUAAUUUACUACUGCCACAUUAUGAUGGUAUGAUUAAUUUGAUAGAGUUAUGUUAUAUUAAUGAUUCUGUAUUUUUAUGUUUUUCUAGUUGCUUAGUAAAAUGAAAGAAUGUGUCCUUGAAACAGAAUUUUUUUCUAAAACAAAAAAUGAUUUUAAGAAAUUGUAAUUGCUUCUGUCGAUUGGUUCACAAUUGUCAAGGUACAGUUUCUGCACGUUAUGUAUAAACUAGAAUUACCAAGCAAAGGUAAUAAGCUUUGUAAAACAGAAUAUUUAUUUUGUAUGAUCAUGGUAUUUACAUGGUAAACUACACUUUAUGCUAGUUGUAUAUUUGCCAUAUUCAGGAUUAUAAUAUUAUUUUGAUUUAUUCAGGGGAGUUGAUUCCAUAUUCAAUAAAAAUGUGUAUUUUGUUACAUUGUAUUUUAUGCCAGGGCUAGUGUAAUAUUUAGAUAGUUUGUCAAAUAAGAAAUUAACAACAAUUAAAUUGAUUUUUUUUUUUAAGUCUUGCCAACAGUUUACAUUCCAAAGAUGUUAAAUCAAUGUUUUAUGUAUUUGAAAAAACGAAGUCAAACGCAAAGUGUUUUAUUAAGAUAAAAAUGGUUUACUUUUUUAUUUUCGAAUGUCUAUGAAGCAACAUCAAUGUAUAUUAGAUUAAGAUUAUAAAUAUUUUAGAUUUGAAUAUUCUAUAAUGUAUAACUAAGUAAAAAGGUGACCUAGAGAAAUCACAUAAGUUAUACUUGACUAAAGUAUUAGAUUUAUCAGAUAUGCAUAUAAUGAUUUGCAAUGGGUGAUAGGAUUUAAUGUAUUUUUCUGUUAGAUUAUUUCUGAUAAACUGAAAAAAAUCCAAUUUCCAAAAGCAUUAUAUUAAAGAUCUAUCAUUAGCACCAAAAAUUCAGACAUUACGAUGAAACUAAGGAAACUAUUACCGGUAUAUAUACACUUCUAUGACAUAGUUUUCAGAUAAGACGGUAUAUAUACACUUCUGUGACAUAGUUUUCAGAUAAGACGGUAUAUAUACACUUCUGUGACAUAGUUUUCAGAUAAGACGGUAUAUAUACACUUCUAUGACAUAGUUUUCAGAUAAGACGGUAUAUAUACACUUCUGUGACAUAGUUUUCAGAUAAGACGGUAUAUAUACACUUCUGUGACAUAGUUUUCAGAUAAGACGGUAUAUAUACACUUCUAUGACAUAGUUUUCAGAUAAGACGGUAUAUAUACACUUCUAUGACAUAGUUUUCAGAUAAGACGGUAUAUAUACACUUCUAUGACAUAGUUUUCAGAUAAGACGGUAUAUAUACACUUCUGUGACAUAGUUUUCAGAUAAGACGGUAUAUAUACACUUCUGUGACAUAGUUUUCAGAUAAGACGGUAUAUAUACACUUCUAUGACAUAGUUUUCAGAUAAGACGGUAUAUAUACACUUCUAUGACAUAGUUUUCAGAUAAGACGGUAUAUAUACACUUCUAUGACAUAGUUUUCAGAUAAGACGGUAUAUAUACACUUCUGUGACAUAGUUUUCAGAUAAGAUAAAGAGAAAAAAUGAAAACAUAAGAUGUGUACACUGUCUUAAUUUUCCUUAAGGUGGUACCUCAACACUACAGGGAGAUAACUCUGUAAAAAUCAGCUAGAUGUUUUAAUCACGUUGUAUUGUUAAGGAAAUAUUAAGCUUCUCAAUGAUCAAAAUUAGUGUUUGUCAAACUGCUAUAUAUAAUCAAUGAAAUUUUUCUGAUAAAGUGUUUGGUUGAAAUUUUUUAAAAUUCUUAUAUUUUUGUUAAAGGGUCAAAGUAAACAUUUUGUCAAAAUUUUAUGAAAAUUAAACGAGCCAAAUUAAUAUUAUUCAAGGUGUUGGGUACCACCUUAAAUCAAGUCUUUUUUGCUUUAAAAUAGUUGUAAGUAUUAAAUGGAAGGUCUGAACUUUAAAGUAUUUCAGAUAUUAUUAACCAAGAUUUAAAGGUCAAUGCCAAUGGAUGUCAUGUUGUUUUGUUUUUACCAAAAAUGCUUAGAAUUUUUGAGUGGGAAAUAUUGAGUGUAUGCUAUAUAUAAACAUUAUGAGAGGUGCUGCUUUUAUUGACAAUCACUGUGGUAAGGUAUUGUAUUGGUCCUCAAUAUUGCUCUUUUUUAAAAUUCAUUUGAAUUCUAACCAAAUUUCAUAAAUUUUUAUUAAACAUUAAAAGGGGCUGUUCUUUGGUGCCAUGAAUGCAUUUAUAAUAAUGUGAGAGUUCCUUAGCUGUUUAUGGUUCAGAAGUGUAUAAUUAUCAGUUACAGAUAAGUUUUUGGUUUGUUUUUUGUUAAUCUUCUCCUUAAAGUAAUACUGAGUCAUUCAAUCAUUUUGCAGGCGAGGAACAUUUUUCUUGUCCAGGCACAUCUAGUGUUAUCUUAACUUUAAUGCAAACCAAAUUUGAAGUCAUAGAUUGAAGUACAAUUUAGGAGCAUUUUUGACUCUUUAUGAAAUUAAUAAAAUAUUCUGGCCAGAUAGAAUUUAUUACAUGGCAUUGUUGACAUCACUUCAUCAUGUUGUUGGUACGUUACUAUUGUAUUUGUCAUAUGAAUUUAAAUAAGACAGCAAAAAAGCUUUUUUAAUUUAACUCUUGUUUGUAGAUAAUUUGUUUAAAUGGAAAAUAAUAAAAAUUCAUUACUGGUACUUUUUGUUUUGUUGGUUUGCUGUUUGGUUUCUUACCAUUUUUUAGGAAUUAUGGAAAAUUUCGACGCUAGGUAGCAUAUAUAAAAAUUUGAGCUCAUGGUUAAAGGCCAUAUGGUGACCUAUUAUUUACAUCCACUUCAUUUGGUCUCUGGUGGAUAGUUGUCUCAUAGGGAACCAUACCACAUCUUAUUAUUUUAUACUGAUAAUCUGUUUAUUUUUUAUGACCAAAAAGUUAUCAUAGAAAUUCAAGUUAUUAUGUAACCUUUAUAUUUCUCUUUAGAUAAACUUCCACUUUUCAAUUAUAAGACAUACUGAAAAUAUGAUUUUGUAUAUUUUUAUCUAUUUGCAUUUGAAAACCACAUGGGAAGAUAUAUUUUUGUUACAUUUUUAAUAUAUUGAAUAGAUAGACAUUAUAUUUAUUUUUUAAGGAAACUAUGUUAUAUAUGUUAAUCAUUUAUUAUGAAAAAAAAUAAAAGCAUAUAUUUGAAAA